UGCUGAUUGAUAGUAUUUUUAUCUUGUUGUUUGACAUUAAAAUGAACUCAGGAAGACCUUUGUCUAUUAUUGGGAGAUUCUAGAUGUAUUUAUUUUGCUUGACAAAGAAGGCUACAGUUUUAACAAGUUUAUUAGAAUAUUUUAGAAAUUUAAAUAUUUUGAUCCAAAUUGGAGGGUCUUGUAAUUUAGAAUUACUUUCUAAGACUUCUUUUCUUCCAGUGAUGAGAGAAUUAUUCAUUUAACUUUUUUAAAGGCAGAAGUUGAAUGCUUUUUGAAUGUACUGUUUCCUAAUUGUCUAAAAUGACAAGAGAUAACUUAUAGCAAUGUACUAGGCUGCUAAAAUAGCUGACUGGAGGGAGUGCUUUUUUUUCUUUUUUUUUUUUUUUAAACUACAAAGGGCAUAAGAUAUUCUAUUUUAGUGAUAGGUGUAUCUGCAUAAAACUCAAUUUUACCUGUAGUCAGGGUUUCUUAUAUAUGAAUCUUUCAAAGUAACCAGGCUGCAGAGCUUUAUGCCAAAAGCAGCUUUGUGGUUUGACAGUGUUCAGAUUGCUUGUUUUGCUUUUAUUUAUUUGCAUAUGUAAUUUAUUGUACCUGUAAAAAGGGAAGUUCUCAUAAAAAGCAACAAAACAGGAAAAACAAGCAAGUUGUCAUUUCUUCUGGUAGAUUGUGAUGUAGAGAUUAGUUCAAAAAAUUAAGUUUGAGAGAUUCCAUUUAAUCUUGGUAGAGUUUUGAUAGGAAGUUGAACAUGUGAAAGUAUUUUAUUUAAAAAUUAAAUUAAAAAUUAAGCACAUUAUUUGCAAGAUACUAAGAGUAAACUUACAGAGUACAUUGGCAUCAGUAUUUAUUGCAUGUGUUGAAUUCCAGAAUAUAAAUUAUAACUUUGUUCCAUAAAGGCCAGUAAUUUUUAAUACAUAUUUAUAUAGUAUUUAUCCAUACUAUGGGUCAUGGAUUACCACUUUAUUUUGAAAAAAGAGAAUUAUGUUUUCAUAUUUACAAACUGAGAAAAAAGAAUUAAGAAAAAAUUGAAGAGCCAAAUGGUUUAACAUCAUAUAUCAUUGAUUUUUGGAUGUUCUUGUUUGAAAUCGUUUUAUAUUAUGGUUCUGAUUAUGUUUUUCUACUUUUGAUGUAGCUUUGUAAGGAUUACUAUUAAGACUUUCUAAUUCACAUAAGUGAAUGAUAUCAGAGAUAAUCUUGAUUUGACAUAAGAUCAAAUCAAAGACCAUUUUUUAAAGUUUAUUUACUUGUGGGGAGGAGGGUAGAAAGCUGGGGGGGCUGAAUGUGAGCCAGUGAGAGACAGUGAGAGAGGGAGAGAGAGAGAAUCCCAAGCAGGCUUGGUACUAUCAGUGCAGAGCCCAAGCCUGACUCAGGGCUCGAACCCAGGAAGCAUGAGAUCAUGACCUUGAAAUCAAGAAUCCGAUGCUCACCCAGCACCCCUCAAAGACGAUCUUUUGGAACCAGUUUUAAAUCCUUGAAGAUAGAACUUCUCAUUUUUCUAUUUAAAUUAAUGUUGUAAUAUAAGAAAAUUCUGUUUUGGGUUUUAUCUUAUCAUCUUCCCAAGUUACAUAGAACCAACAGGGAGGAGAGAAACAAAGUCGUGGAUAUUAUCCCUCCCAAGUAAUCUACAAAUAACUGGUUCAUUGUUUCUAAAGGAAGGGGAAAGGAUAUGUUCUAACUUGGAUGAUGGUUUCUUCUAUAGAUGUGUUGAAACCUGGAAAUGGAAGAAAAUCACAUUAACUGAACUGUGUUUGGAUAAGGUUAGCACUCUACGUAUAUGAAUAUCUGCUCCAUGUAGGAGCUCAGAAAUCGGCCCAAACAUUUUUAUCAGAGAUAAGAUGGGAAAAAAACAUCACAUUGGGGGAACCACCAGGAUUCUUACAUUCUUGGUGGUGGACAGGUAUCUACUACACUUGUAACAGCUGAUGCUGCUUGGCCUGCCAGAGCUGCAUAAACUUGCCCAUAAUCAGCAUGAGCCAUCUUGAAAUGAAAACUCUUCAUACCAUACUCACAUUAGAGUGUAUUUUGGGAUCUCUACUGUGCAGCUCCAGAAAGACGGGAAACAUGUGAGCAUUCAAGUGAAGCAAAAGCCUUCCAUGAUUAUAGUGCUGCAGCAGCUCCCAGCCCAGUGCUAGGAAACAUUCCCCCAGGAGAUGGCAUGCCAGUAGGUCCUGUACCACCAGGGUUCUUUCAGCCUUUUAUGUCACCUCGGUACCCUGGAGGUCCAAGGCCCCCAUUGAGGAUACCUAACCAGGCACUUGGUGGUGUCCCAGGAAGUCAGCCAUUACUUCCAAGUGGAAUGGACCCAACUCGACAACAAGGACAUCCAAAUAUGGGUGGGCCAAUGCAGAGAAUGACUCCUCCAAGAGGAAUGGUGCCCUUAGGACCACAGAACUAUGGAGGUGCAAUGAGACCCCCACUGAAUGCUUUAGGUGGCCCUGGAAUGCCCGGAAUGAACAUGGGUCCAGGUGGUGGUAGACCUUGGCCAAACCCAACAAAUGCCAAUUCAAUACCAUACUCCUCAGCAUCUCCUGGGAAUUAUGUAGGUCCUCCAGGAGGUGGAGGGCCACCAGGAACACCCAUCAUGCCUAGUCCAGCAGAUUCAACCAACUCUGGAGACAACAUGUAUACUUUAAUGAAUGCAGUACCUCCUGGACCUAACAGGCCCAAUUUUCCAAUGGGCCCUGGGUCAGAUGGUCCCAUGGGUGGAUUAGGAGGAAUGGAGUCACAUCACAUGAAUGGCUCUUUAGGGUCAGGAGAUAUGGACAGUAUUUCCAAGAAUUCACCCAAUAAUAUGAGCCUGAGUAAUCAACCGGGCACUCCAAGGGAUGAUGGCGAAAUGGGGGGAAAUUUCUUAAAUCCUUUUCAGAGUGAGAGUUACUCCCCUAGCAUGACAAUGAGUGUGUGAUCCAUUACCAAGUCUCCUCAUGAAAACCACAGUGAGUCAGCCCUUCACAGAACUACUACGGAAGAAAAUUAUUCAUCACAGUGUACAGUUAAACAAAGGAAUCUCAGUCACACCAAACCAACCUUUUUAUUUCCUGCUCUCUCCCCUAUUUUUUGAAGAAAGCGGGUCCAAACGUGAUUCAAACAACUGUACAGAGCGGCAUAUUAGAAUUGCCCUAAACUGAACUGCAAAUAAUUAUCUGUGUAUGUAUAUGUGUGGGUCAGAGAAUGUAUUGUAUAUGUGUAUGUUAUACGGACAUAUGCACAUACAUACAUUGACCCACAGGACAUUGUAAAAUAUUAUUACAUGACAUCUUAAGUAGAAGUAAGUAGGGACUUUUAUUCCAUCCUUUUUUUCACGUUUACAUUUUAAUUAUUAAAAGUUGCUCCUGCCCCUCCCUGAACUAUUUUGUGCUGUGUAUAUCACUGCUUUAUAUAAGUUAUUUUUUAAGGUGAACUCAGAUGUUAUGGUUUUGUAAAUGUCUGCAAUCAUGGAUAGGAAUAAAAUUGCUUAUUUGAGAGCUUUCAUUAAAUUGCGUCUGAUGCAAGUUACCCUGUGAAUCACAAAGUGUACUGUCUCAAAAAAAAAAAAAAGAAGAAGAAGAAGAAGAAGAAGAAGAAGAAGAAGAAGAAGAAGGUGUGUCCUCAUCCUCUGUCAGAUCAAACAAUUUCUCAGUUACCUUUAGUGAAAAGUAUUUUGUAGUUUUUAUUUAGGAAAAAUACUUCAACUGGGGCCCAACACCAUAUGUUUCUGCAAGAACUGCUUUAGAUGGAAUUCUUGAUUUGUCUUUGAUGAUACAGAAAAUCAUUAAUUAGCCCCACCUGCUUAGACCAUAGCAAUAAAAUGACAGGGGUCGUCAUAUUUUUAGAAAUAUAUUUUCUCUCUAACAUGAUGGAGCCCAGAAGUGAUAACAAAACCAUUUGCUUGAAAUUGUCACUUCUCACCAGGAAUAGUAGAGCUAAAUUUUUAAUAACAUGCUAAUGGAAAAUGGUAUCUGAUUUUUACUCAGACUUCUUGUGAACAUUUCCACAUAGACACUGCAAAGAAUAUACAUUCAAAUGACUGAGACUUUCAGCAGAAGGGGAAAAGAGUUUUUACUGCACCCAAGGGGCUCUGAAGUGCUGCUUUUCUAUCUGGGUAACUUGCCUACUAGCCGCAGAACUGACUGGUAACAGUCCCAUCUGUGAAUACCUCACUAGCAGCAAAGCCCCUGCUCUGUUCCCAGGAUAUAAGACUUUUGUUUAGAGGGAAAUCAUUUGUAGUAACUAUAUUCAUCUGGCCAUUGACUUCAGCAGGCUAAAUCUGCAUUGUGUAACUGUUCAGAAAAGAAUGCAUAAAUGUUAAAAAUUAAAGAAAAAAACAAAACACUUCCCUUACGCUAAAGCACAUUGUUCUGUGGCGCUUUGCAUAUCUUUUGGGGGUUUUGUGUUCAAUCUUACAUACAGACACCGAAAUCAUAAUAGAAAAAUGUGAAGACUUUAAUUUUAGACUCCACAAGAUAAGUUGGUGAUCCUUUCUGUUAAAAUUGUGAUACAAAUAACCAUUGGUAAACAUCAACUACAUAUCCAAACUCCAGAGCAAAGAAUUUGAAAAAGUAUUGUUUAAUCGCAGGUAAGAAGAAUCCUCCUUCCUUUAGGCUUAUGGUCUCCAAAGUGAAAAUUUAGCAGUAUAUUUGCUAGUUCCUUGUCCCAGAUGACUUAUUUCUCUCAAAUCCAUAAUGAUUUAUUCCCUCUGAAAAUAAGAUUUUGCCUGUGCAUGACAGGGAUGCUGGGCAGAACUGUUGAAGGGGGAAAAAGAUGCUGAAUUAAAUUUAUGUCCCAGAUUUAAACUCUAAUCAAAUGAGUCACCAUUAAUCCAACAGUGUGGGGAGCCUAGGACUGCACACUGGAGAACAGCUUCAAGUUUUCAAGCUGCAGAGAACUUUCAUGAAAAAGUCAAAUUAGAAAGUCUUUAACUCAAGCCAAGGUAGUCUGAAGACACUUUGUAUAGACAUGUGAAUUUACCAAGAAUAAUUUUAACUUUCACUUUUUAUAAUUGUGUGAACAUUUUCAACCCUGUGAUUAUUAAGCUUAAUCUUACAAUGCUAGACAUUUCAACGUUUUUUGACUAUUCAUUCCAUUGUUACUGAUCUUGAAUUUCUUUUAUUUGCCUUCUAAGAAGGUAUUGUUUCUUACUAUCACAAAGAAUCAUGAACCCAAUUAUACUUCUCCUUAUUUCAGGGGUAAUAUUAGAAUAUAAAUGGCAAUAUGGAUUUCAUUACUUCUAGCCCACUUGGUCAAGAAAAAGUAAAAUUGGAUUUUUCAGCAUAUAGCAAUUUAUCAUAAGUAUUUAUUUCUUUUUCUUUCUUGGAGUCCAGAUUACAAAUAGCUAUUGCAAUUUUUUUUUAAUUCCUGAAAUAGUUGAAAAUUUAUUUUUGAAGAGAAAAUUGUAUUUAAGAAAACCAUAAAAUAAGAAUACUUAAUUUUAAUAUCAAAUAACUUUCUCAUGCACCAAAUGGAGGAUAGGAAGUCUGUACAGUAAUUUUUGCUUAGGUUUUGAAUUAUCUAAACUUUAUCUUUUUCUCUUGUAAUAAUACCAUUUAACCCUGUUCUCUUACGUUGGUGCAUCUCCAUCGAUGAAUGUGUUGUUGGUCUUGAUAUAUACUACCUGUUCCUCAGUUAUUUUUACAUAUUUCACCUCACAGGAAUAGCAUCAGUAAUUCUUGCCUACACUGAAUACAUAAAAUACACAUAUGAAAUGUGAAAAUAAAUAAGUGAAAACGUUAAUUUUCAUUACUCUGCCUUGCAUUCUGGCAAACUCACUACGUUAAAAAUACAUGCCAAGUUUUAUCUAGAGUCUUACAGCAAAAUUGCCUGUGGGAACAAAGGCUAUGGAGUGCCCUUGAUCUGGUAACACCCCACACAUUUGAUGGGUGAAUCCUAGCACUCUGUUACAAGUGUUCUAGUUUGGACUCAAUUACUGAUGUAUAGGAAUUGCACAACUGGGAAUCUGAGGUUAAUAUUUCUCUGCUGUCCACAAUAUUGACAAAUCAGUUCUGCUCCCUGUGCCAUGAAAAGUGCCCAAAACACCCUUUUCCUUCUAGGAAUAUAGAGAAAACUUUGAUUUCCGUUCUUAUGAUUCUCUAGGACAGCUGAACUCUUGUGCAUUUCAUAGGAUCAUUCAGUUAACUUUCUUCCUAUAGCUUAAAAGGUGAUAAAUAAAAAUAAAUGAGUUCACUUUGGGACAUGAGGAAGCUCUACAUCUGCCCACCCCUUUUCUUUAUAGUAUUCUGGGAAUGUGCAGCAAAGCAUUCAAAACUGCUCCCUGGCAUAGAGUGUUACACAGUCCUUAAUACCGUGAGGUCUUAAUUGGCCUCUUCCAUGUCUUCCUACAUUGCCUCCUUCCCAAUCCCUGCAUCCUCCAAAAGAAAUAAGGUACAGACUGCACGUUUUUGCCUUUUCAGCCCCUACAGUUUUCUUCUUCAUGCAUUGUAUAGUUUUUCCAGGGGAAAUAAGUACAAUUUCCUCUUCUUGAUUAUCAGUGUUAAUUAGAAGCAGUGCCACAAAUCAUAGCUACUUUAUUUUGGAAUGCUUUAUAGUAUUUUAACACUGGUUUUGCCUUCAUUUUUAUUUUUUUUGUACUAUAAUACUCUUUUCUUGAAAACACUAAUUGAUGCAAGUAGUGUAUGAGUGUGUAGUGUGGUAGUGAGAAUAUGGGAGUGGGGGGAGAAUUGCCACAUAUAUUCCAAAAGGUAAACUAGUCUUUUUUUUUUUUUUAACUCCCUGUCCUAGUGGUAUAAGUUUCUUGUUGACAAUGAGGAGCAGGAGUCUGCAUUUGCUUAAAACAGUGGUGCCCAAUCAUAAGCGUGCGUUAGAGGCACCCUGGGCCUGUGAAGUAUAACUUGAGAAAUACUGGAAAAGUCCAAGAAAAAAUGGUGAACCACCAUUGAUACCCUUCUGUUUUGCAUACUAAACACUUGUGUGGGGGUGUGGGGGUGUGUGCGUGUGCG